AUGCCCACCUGCAUCUUGGCAGCUGCUGGCGAGUGGGUGCGUCCUGGCAGAAUCGGACGACUGGGAUGCCAGAAUUGCCGUGUAUUUGCCCUCAUCCCCAUCACCAGCUUUCACAUGCGCCCAUCUGCUGUGCCGUGUCUGCUUCUGGCAAGCCGACGUCGGCCUCGUCUCUUGCGUUCCCUGCAGUCGACCUACCUAAGGUACCGGCACACAGGCAAACCUGAGUCGGUUCCUGUUACCAAGCCUCAUCCCUGCCGCCGCGACAGCACCUCUACUGUGGGGUGCCAAGGAAAGCCGUUGCGGGCAGCCGCUUGGUGGCCCGAUCGUUCCAAGAUUGGCGCAUACAUCAACAGCUAUAUAUAUCAAGUACCAGAGCCUCUCUUGCUUCUCUUGUGA